GGAAGACGUCAAGUGAUGGGGACGCGGCCGCUGCUCGCUCGGGGACGGCAACGAUACUCUCCGCAGCCCGGCACGGCAGACCGUACACCGCAGCCGCCCAGUCAAGGUCUAUGUCCAUUUGAUCCCGCCAUGACUAGACGAGCAGUCCUUUUGUUAGCCUUCGUGGCACUCGCCUAUGCCGGGGAGCUACAGGUGGAGCAUAUACAAAAAGCAGAGUCGUGUGAGCGGCCGUCUAAGAAGGGCGACAUGCUCACCAUGCACUACACUGGAACACUUGCUGCAGACGGGAAGAAAUUCGACUCCAGCGUGGACCGGGCCCAGGCGUUCACGUUCCAGCUGGGCGUGGGCCAGGUGAUCAAGGGGUGGGACCAGGGCCUGGAGGACAUGUGUGCUGGAGACAAACGUCGCCUCACCAUCCCCCCCGAGCUGGGAUACGGCUCCCGCGGCGCUGGUGAAGUCAUUCCUCCAGAUGCCACACUGGUUUUUGAAGUAGAACUCAUUUCCAUCGGUGAUGCUCCACCCGUGGUUAAUGUGUUCAAGCAGAUCGAUGGAGAUGCAGAUGAACAUCUAUCCAAGGAGGAGGUACUAGAGUAUAUCAAGGCACAGCUCCCUGAAGAAGAAGUUGAAAAGGGCCAAGAUCCUCAUAAAAUCACGGAAGAGAUCUUCCAUCAUGAGGACAAGGACAGGGAUGGUUAUAUUUCCCAUGAGGAAUUCUCAGGACCUAAGCAUGAUGAACUCUGAGUGUCUGCAUGUCACAUAGGACUGCAUCAUCAUCCAAGACAAAUGGAUUUUUAAUAUGGGAGUGCUUACUCUUUCUAUCACUUUUCACAAAGGGUGCUGAUAAUUCUACUUUUUUAGUGGAUUUACCAAAGUAAUAUAUUUUUUUAAUUUGCUUAAAAAAGGAAGUAAAAUAAUGACCCUGCUUUAUAGCGCCUUAGAUUCAUCCUCAAGCCUAAACGAUAUGGUACGUAAAGUUUUAUUCUGGGUUUCUCACUUCUCAUUUACAAAUCUCAUCAUUAUGUUACACGCAUUGUUUACUAUCAAGGACUCGUCUCCUUAAACUCUGCCUACACUCAUAAUAAUCAGUGGAUUGUACAUUUCCAGUUUGUUAAUAUACUGUACUUAGAUAUUUUCCACUGUCCAGCAUAUAUGAUGGUGGCCUCAGAAUCAUUGUGAUAUGAAGUGUUUGCCUAAGCCUUAAUUGCAAUUCCUAUGGGAUGCAAUCAAUUUAUUGUAUAUACUGUACUGUAUUUAAAAAAAAAUCCAAUGUACUGUUGUGCUAUGAAACCACCCUCAUCUGCAAGCAUUUUAUUCAUAUUCACAUUUUAUAAUUGUUUGCAUAGUUUAUUACAGUAUAACAUAAAAAAUAAUAUAAUUUUUAAAGAGAAUUUUUAAGAGCUAUUGUUAUAUUUAUAUAAUUUUAGUGCACCCUAAAGGAUGAAUAUAUUUUUAUCAUAAAUUAUCUUAACCCUUCCUUAAAUUUGUUGGCGUGCUUUAAGUUACUAUAUAUUAUAGAGCUGUUAAUAUGACAUAAGUGAUUUGGUGAUUGAAUUCAUACUCUUUUGUUCACACACAAUAGAUCUCAUAUUUUUCUUGUUUUGUUGCUUGCUUUCAGUACAGUAGGCAUACAGUAAACUUGAGAAUUCAAUGACAAUUCAAAUUCAAGUAAAUGGCCUUCCCCUAAUUAUGAAGUGUCAGAUAUGGAAUAGCUAUGUGCUGUAACCAGUUUUAGCACAGUGUUAUAGUUAUCAGAAGUGACAUAUAACAUUGCUUUACAUUUGUAAAUACUGUACAGAGCACAUGAACAUUACAUAUGGCAACAAAACCAGAAAAUAACUUCACAACUAUAAAGUCUUCCUUUAACAAGUCACAAAGUUUUCUAAGAGUAUUACUAGCAAUUUAGGUCAAAUAUUUUAUAACUGUUAAUUAAUUUGUAUCAGCCGCAACUUUAUCAACUUAAGGAAAAUUUGGCAUGACCUUUCAUAAAAAAUAUAACCCUUAUGCUCAGAAACAUGGAUGAGAGCUCGUCGAUGAAUGCUUUACAGUGUUUGUUAUACUCUUUUAUUGAAUUAUUGGAGUGGAACAGUAUGUUUCAUUGGAACUGAUGGUCAGAAUUAAAAAGGCUGUGUUGCAUAUGUUCAUCAUAUAUUUGCAUAAAUCUAUCAUUUCUAUUAAGUACCACAUUAUCACUCUCCUAGAAAAUGUAAGAAAAUUCUGGCUGUCAUUUCCUUAAAAAAUGUGACUGGUGUGCCGUGUGAGCGAUACCUAACACAUAGACAUUCCUAGUGCAUUAAUCUAGCUCCUGACAAUGAGCUGAUAUUGUAUUAUAGAAAUUUUGACACAGAUUUGUAUUUAUAUUUUCUUGUUGGAUUUUAUUACUAACUUUGUACUCUGAUUAAUCAGUAAAUUUUAUGAAAUGUG